AUGCUCCAGCGGGUUUUUGUCCGCCAGAAGUCGUCGUUCUCGGCCACGAUUCGGCUGCCCCAGACGAAAUUUCCCGGCCGCACCGACCAGGACGCGGUGCAGACACAGCUGCUGCCGCAGGUCACCACGGAACUGUACGAUUGGAAUAACCGUCGCGAGGUGAAAAGUAUACAAGAGCUAUUUAUUUUGCACGACGGCCCUCCCUAUGCCAAUGGCGACCUGCACAUUGGCCAUGCUCUGAACAAAAUUCUCAAGGAUAUAAUUGUGCGAUUUGAGCUUCUGAACGGCAAGAAAGUGCACUAUCGUCCCGGCUGGGACUGCCACGGGCUGCCGAUCGAACUGAAGGCAUUGGAACAGAUCGCGCAGCACAAAAAGACGCGCAAGAAGGAGAUCAAACGAAAGCUCAAGACUGGGCCGAAUGCAGAGCUCGAGGCCGAGCUGGCCGCGCUCGACUCCAAGCUGAAACCGCUGGAGAUCAUCGAGCUGUGCAAAAAGCAUGCUCUCUCGACACAGCAGUCCCAAUCGGACCAAUUCCAGCGCAUGGGCAUCAUGGGAGACUUUGCUAAUCCCUACAGAACGCUAGACAAGGACUUUGUUGCGCGGCAGCUGCGUGUGUUCAAACGGCUGUUCGACAACAAUCUCAUCAAAAGACAGGAAAAGCCGGUCUACUGGGGGUGCGAGAACGCCACGGCCCUGGCCGAGGGAGAACUCGAGUACAACACGGCGCACCGCUCGACCGCGGUGUACGUCAAGUUCCCGUUGGAGCAGCCACCAGCGGCGUUGGGCCCCGAGCCCGUGUACGCGCUCAUAUGGACGUCGACGCCAUGGACGUUAGCCGCGAACCGGGCGAUCUCCGUCAACGAGAACAUGGCGUACACGACCGUGGAAUCAAGGGGCGAGCGGCUGAUUGUGGGGCAGAAACUGGUCGAUUCGCUGAGGAAGGUCGAUCCAGAACUGCGGGAGACUGGCGUGCAGAUUCCCGGCUCAGAACUGCUCCAUUGCCGCUACCGGAAUCCGCUGCUCUAUGGUAGCAGCCAGGACACGAGCCUUCCCAUUCUGCAUGGAGACCACGUGACAGACUCUGCCGGUACCGGUCUAGUUCACACGGCUCCCGGCCACGGACAGGACGACUACUUUGUGUGUCUAAAACACAAUAUCCAGCCGUACUCCCCCGUCAACGAGUACGGAAAGUACACGAGCGAGCUGCCGGACAACGACCUGCAGGAGUUUGUUGGUCUGCGAGUUCUCGGCGAAGGCACACAGAAAAUGGUGGCUAAAUUAGAGGAGCUACGGCUCUGCUACCAUCUGGACCAAAACUACACCCAUUCGUACCCAUACGACUGGCGGUCGAAAAAACCGAUUAUCAUCCGCUCCACGCCGCAAUGGUUCAUCGACGUGGGCAAGAUCAAGGCCGUCACCACCGAGCUGCUUGGUAAAAAUGUACAGUUCCUGCCGCCGCGCGGCUCGAACCGGCUGGUCUCGUUUAUCAACACGCGGAACGAGUGGUGCAUUUCCAGACAGCGCAGCUGGGGCGUUCCGAUCCCGGUGGUGUACCACAAGCAGACGGGCGAGCCGCUAAUCAACGACCUGGUGAUUGAGCGCAUCUCGCAGGUCAUUGCCGCAGAGGACGUCGAGAGCUGGUUUGGCGAGUCGUCGAUGGACAAAUGGAUCCCGGCCGAGUGCAACGUGGAUCCAAACGACUAUGUUCGCGGCACAGACACAAUGGACGUGUGGUUCGACUCCGGUUCGAGCUGGACUCUGGUGGAGCAGUUCUUGGAGUCCACGGGGCUGCUUCCGCAGGCGGUGGCUCGCGGAUAUCUGGCCGACGUGUAUCUGGAGGGCUCUGACCAGCACCGGGGCUGGUUCCAGUCGAGCGUGCUGACCAAGAUCGGCGCGACUCCGGCUGGCGAGCCUGCAGUGUUGCCGUACGGAAAAAUUGUCACGCACGGGUUCACGCUGGACGAAAAAGGAGACAAGAUGUCCAAGUCGCUCGGAAACACUAUUGUUCCGGUGGAUAUUGUUGAAGGAAACAAGGCGAAGAAAGUGCCUGGGCUGGGUAUUGACGGGCUGCGUCUCUGGGUGGCCCAGGCCGACUACACAUCGGAUAUGGCCGUGGGGCCGGUUAUUCUAAACAGAGUGGCCGACGUGGUGAAGAAACUGCGUUUCACUUUCCGGUUCCUGCUUGGAAACAUCGGCGACAUGGAGCAGACGGUUGACUAUGCCCAGCUGGACAGCAUGGACAGAUACAUUUUGUCGCGGCUGGCGUCCUUUGAGAAUAAGUCUCGUCAGUGCUACGAGGCACACAAUUACUCGAAAAUUAUCAAGGACAUGAACCAGCUAGUCAACGUGGACCUUUCUGCGCUGUACUUUGACAUCCGCAAGGAUCCUUUGUACACGGACUUUGCAGAUAGCCUGAAAAGACGCAGCACACAGACGGUGUUCGUGGAGGUGCUGAAGGUGCUGACGAGCGUGCUGGCUCCUAUUAUGCCGAUUAUGACUCAAGAGGCGUGGAACCACUCGCCAGAGUUGGUCACUGGGGGGUUGCGGUCGCCGUUUGUGCGCGGAUGGUACGAAGUGCCGCAACACUACCUCAACCCGGAACUAGAGGCCGAGAUGGACCAGCUGCUGAGACUGAAUCAUCAGAUCAAGACUGCAAUAGACAAGGCAUUGCGCGGCACAGACACCAUGAAAAUGGCCUCCGAAACCGAAAUUUAUGUGGACGUUGCUCCCGAGACUGCUCUGGGUGCUCUUGUUUCCAAGUAUGAGUCUCAGAUGACUGAGUAUUUGAUGGUGUCUAGAUUCCACCUGAAUACAGAAAGCUCAAAGGACGUCUUACUAGAGACCAAAGACGGCGACGUUUCUAUUGCAGUCGCGAGAACAGACCUUGGAAAAUGUCCUCGUUGCUGGCGGUACGCUGUGGAGGGUUCUGCCGAGCUGUGCCAUAGAUGCGCGCAGGUGGUAGCAUGUACAUAG